AUGCCGAGGAGGGAUGGGGUGGCUUGGAAUUCUAUGAUUCAUGGAUAUGCUAGUCACGGUAGAAUGGAAGAGGCCCAGAGACUACUUCAAAAGACGAGUAAUCAAAGCACUGUGGUUUGGAAUUCAUUAAUUUCUGGAUAUGUUGCCAAUGGUGUCGACAACGAAGCAGUAAAAUGUUUCAAUCAGAUGAGGACAAGAGAAAUUCGGCUAGACUCCUCCACAAUCGCCAGUAUAUUAAGCUCCUGUAGUACUGUGGGGAACUAUAAUCUUGGUACACAGAUUCAUGCAUAUGCUAGUAAAGCUGGGUUGAUGGCUGAGGUUGUUGCUGCUUCUGCCCUAGUCGAUGCUUACUCAAAGAGUGGAAAUGCAUACAAAGCAUGCAAAUUGUUUACUGAGCUCAAAGUAUUUGAUACGGUCUUAUUGAACUCCAUGAUCACAAUAUAUAGCAACUGUGGUAGAAUUGAAGAUGCAAAGCAUAUCUUCAAGACAAUGCCAUUCAAAAGCUUGAUAUCUUGGAACUCAAUGAUUGUGGCUUUGAGCAAAAAUGGUUGCCCAAUGGAAGCUCUGAAUAUUUUCCUUGAGAUGAAUAAGCUCGGGUUGAGGAUGGAUGAGUUUAGUCUCGCUAGUGUUGUCAUUGCCUGUGCUGAUGUCUCCUCCAUUGAACUUGGAGAGCAGGUGUUUGCUAGAGCAACUAGUAGUGGUCUUGACUCCAAUCCUGCCGUUUCUACCUCCCUUGUUGAUUUCUACUGCAAGUGUGGGUUUGUAGAAAGUGGGAGGAAAAUAUUUGACGCGACGUUGAAACUUGACUCGGUAUGUUGGAAUUCGAUGCUGAUGGGUUAUGCUACCAACGGCCAGGGAACAGAAGUGCUGUCACUUUUCAAUGCAAUGAGAGACAACUGUGUUGCACCAUCCGGGAUUACAUUUACAGCCAUUCUUUCUGCUUGCGAUCAUUGUGGAUUGGUUGAAGAAGGAUGGAAAUGGUUUCAUGAGAUGAGGCAUCGGUAUAAUAUCGACCCAGGGAUUGAGCACUAUUCCUGCAUGAUCGAUCUCCUGGCUCGUGUUGGAAGGAUAGAGGAAGCGAUGAAACUUAUUGAUCAUAUGCCUUUUAAGGCAGAUGCUUGCAUGUGGUCCUCAGUUUUGAGAGGGUGUGUUGCUCAUGGAGAUAAUGACCUUGGAGAGAAGGUGGCAGAGCGGAUCAUUGAGCUCGACCCAGGGAAUGCUAGUGCAUACACACAACUAUCUGGAAUAUUUGCCACUUCUGGGGACUGGGCGAGUUCAGCCGUGAUUAGAGAUAUGAUGAAGGAGAACCAAAUAAGAAAGCUUCCUGGUUAUAGUUGGGGUGAUCGGUAGGUAAUGCUAGAUAUGCACUCUGUUCGGCCUCUUGAAAUGAAAGCACCAGCAGGUUCAAGUGUUUUAAAGUUGACAGCAGAUUGGGAAAGAACUCAGAAAAUGUCCCAACUUUGAAGAUGUUCUUCAGUAAUAUCAAAGGAACAAGACAAAGAGAGGGUAGCCCCGAUUGAAGAAGAAAGUCGAGCAGGGUGCAGGGGCUUGCUCCCACAAGUUGACCUCUUCUGAAGGUUGGUGAAGGGGUAUUGUCUGUGCCAUUCAUGCUCCGUUAUAAUAUAGAGUUCCAUUUUCCUACCUUCUGAAGAAAUCAGAUUAUAUUAAGAUGAAGUUCACUGUGGUAGUUGGCGAGAACGCUGUCUAGUUGCUUUAUUAUAGUUGAUUCAGUCAUCGUGAUCGCAGAGCUGGCUGCAGAUUGGCAAACUGCCGCUGGACUCCUGAUCCUUGUCCCAAUCAGUUUUCUUUGAAUUGGUUAAAUUGAGAUAAGGGUGUUCAGAGGUUUAGAAAAUUAGAGGUAAGAGCUAAACCCUUGAGGGGAUUGCAGACAAUGGCAGAUAUAUUCUCUAUAUGAAAUACUUUGUGAUUAUUGCUCGCGUGAAGCGAUCUGGGCUGUCCAUCGAGGGGCACAAUAUAUUAGACAAAGGGAGGAAAAAGGCAUUCCAAGUUGGAAAACGAAAGAGAAAAGAAGACAAGGCAAGAUCAGAGGAGAAGUCAUUUUCUGAUUUGAUUAAUAAGGAUUCUCACAAAACGUCAAGAACUUUGAAUUAAAAUUCAAAAAUAGGACAAUGAUGUUGUGAUUUUAUAGUCAGGAGCUGCCUAAUUGCGAUUAAUGUUUCAGCUGUCGUUUUUCUUUGCUUCCGAUGCAAGGAAGGUUGUUCGCAACCCUCCACUAUUGUAGCCCAUUGAUUGGUGGCAAUUUGAUGUCAUUGCGGGAUAAUAACAGCUUAAAAACAAUGUUGUCA